GCGGCGGGGCUUUGAGGGGACUGAACGGGCAGGGAGCUGGGCGGUCGGGGCGCCGGGGGCGGUCCCUGCGGGGCGGGCGGGACCCGACCGGCUCUCUGUGUGGCCGCGGCCAUGAAGCCGCAGCCGCCGGGCUAGGCCCCGGGCGGCUCUAGCCCAGGGAGGCCCGUGGAGGGCCGGGCCAGCCCCAGCUCCGGUCCCAGGCCGGCGGGCGACUGCUCACCAUGCCGGGCAAGCACCAGCACUUCCAGGAACCCGAGGUCGGCUGCUGCGGGAAAUACUUCCUGUUUGGCUUCAACAUUGUCUUCUGGGUGCUGGGAGCCCUGUUCCUGGCCAUUGGCCUCUGGGCCUGGGGUGAGAAGGGCGUUCUCUCUAACAUCUCAGCGCUGACAGAUCUGGGAGGCCUCGACCCCGUAUGGCUGUUUGUAGUGGUUGGAGGUGUCAUGUCAGUACUGGGCUUUGCUGGCUGCAUCGGGGCCCUCCGGGAGAACACCUUCCUGCUCAAGUUUUUCUCCGUGUUCCUCGGCCUCAUCUUCUUCCUGGAACUGGCAACAGGGAUUCUGGCCUUCGUAUUCAAGGACUGGAUUCGAGACCAGCUCAAUUUCUUCAUCAACAACAAUGUUAAGGCCUAUCGGGACGACAUUGACCUCCAGAACCUCAUUGACUUUGCUCAGGAAUAUUGGUCUUGCUGCGGAGCCCGAGGGCCUAAUGAUUGGAACCUCAAUAUCUAUUUCAACUGCACUGACUUGAACCCGAGCCGGGAGCGCUGCGGGGUGCCCUUCUCCUGCUGCGUCCGGGACCCUGCGGAAGAUGUCCUCAACACCCAGUGUGGCUACGAUGUCCGGCUCAAGCUGGAGCUGGAGCAGCAGGGCUCCAUCCACACCAAAGGCUGUGUGGGCCAGUUUGAGAAGUGGCUGCAGGACAACCUGAUCGUUGUGGCUGGGGUCUUUGUGGGCAUCGCCCUCCUCCAGAUCUUUGGUAUCUGCCUGGCCCAGAACCUUGUGAGUGACAUCAAGGCAGUGAAGGCCAACUGGAUCAAACAUGAUGAUGGCUACAAACUACUCAAAUAAACAAAACCUUGAAAACCA